GAAAUGUAAGUAAGGUAGCAAGGUAACUAUCUUUUCUCUUUUAUAAAGUAGGUUAGUGUAAAUGUAUAAAGUUAAGGUUUAUGUUUCCAAACUGACGGGAGAAUGCGACUAGGACCCCUUUAGGACCUCAGGCUCUGUGCGCUACCAUGGUAACAAGUUGCGUAUUGAGAGAGCCUGUAUGCAACUUUUGGUUUUAGAUUGUCAAACUUGUGUCUGAAUAGUAUUUUCUUUCACAUAUUAUAGUCCCUUUAUCAUCUAAUACACAUUUUAUAUUGCUUUAUUGUGCUAUAUAAAGGGUGUAUUCCCAAAUGUGUCUAGUUUAGGGCAGGCAAUACAAAUAGCUUCACUAUACCGAAGCAAAUGUGAUUCUGAAAUAUUAAGUUGUCGAGGAUGUUCAUAAUGUUAGCCUGCUCUGAUUGAGAAUUUGCAGCUAGGACAUGUCUCGACUCUCCAAGAAAUCUCCAUCUCUGUGUACGGAUCUACCUCUGGACAACGCGGAUAUUUGUAAAAAGCUUGAUUUGCUGAGGCAGCUCCUGAGAUCUUGUUUUGGUCCGACAGGUAGACUAAAACAAGUCCACAACAACAUCGGGGGGCACGUAGUGACCACCUCAACCUCCUCAGUUCUCCUUCCAGCCAUUUCCUCCUCACAGCCUUUCAUCAAUCUGAUAAAAACCUCCAUUCUCAACCACGUUUCUCGUUUCAGUGACUGUGGUUUGUUCGCUGCCAUUCUUUGUUUGUCUCUUAUUGAGCAGGCAAAGCAGUCUGGUCUCAGAGGAAAUGUGGCCAUCAGAGUGAACAAGCACUUGCUGGGUCUGUGCACCAGUUACCUGCAAGGAGAAGACUGUGGUUGUAAAGUGAAGCUCGACUUCUGCAGCAGCCAGAGCUUGAUCACAUUGGCCCGCAGUGUUAUCUCCAGCAAACCAACAUGUGUGCUAACAGAGCCAGAGACCCUUCACAUCAGCAGGUUGGCUGUACAGGCUUUUUUGCUGACUGUUCCCUGCAGCAGCCCAGGUAUAGUCAGUCUUGGCAAAAUAGUGACUGUGUCUGUUGAAGGCCAUGGUGUGCUCAACUCAACAGUGUUUCCAGGUGUAUUGCUGGACAUGCCUGAUGUCUUUACUAUAGAUAAAGUAGAGAACCUGCCUUCAGAUGCACUGCGCAUGGUGUUGUUCAGUGCUUCCCUUGCUGGGGACCUUUCUGAACUGGGAGAUGGGAUCAUCGAGGUGCAUCCAGGUGUAGACACUGACUCACAGAUACUGGAUCAGCUCCUGGAGCUCGGCAAACAGGUGGUUAAAGAUGAGGUGAAGCUUUUUGUGUGCCAGAAGGUCAUUCACCCAGUUCUGCAGCAAUACCUGAGGGGUCAUGGUAUCAUAGUGAUAGAAAGACUGGGAAUCACUCUCAUGGAGCCCCUUACUCAGCUCACAGGGGCUCAACCCGUGGCCACAUUGCACACCACCAUCCCAGCCAAGGCCUACGGGAGGGUGAGGGAUCUAAGGAUCAGGACAUUUGGAUCCAAGACAAUGCUGCAUUUACAUCCUCCUGGAGAGUGUGCGAUCUGCACAAUGAUACUCUGCCACAGGAACGAGACCAUGCUCAGUGAGCUGAAGGUGGUGUGCCAGAAAACAGAGCAUGUGUUGAGGCUCACCCUCAGAGAACCAUCUGCUUUACUUGGGGGUGGGUGUACAGAGACCCACUUAGCUGCUUACAUCAGACACAAGAGCAUGAAUGAAAUCCCAGAGACAGUAUCUGCGCUAGGCUGCUCACAGACGGAGUGUCUCCUCGGCGUGGAGGGAUUCUGUCGCUCUCUGGAGGCUGUUGCCGCGGCGCUGGAGCACGAUGGUGGGAGUUCUUUAAUGGAUCUCACUCAUGCCCACCACUGGUCUCACCCUGCAGAUGUCCUGACAGAACACAUGGGGGAUAGCUUGGGCUCCUGUGGCUGUGGACUUGUGGAAAGUAGCCCAAAUCAGAAGUGGACUUAUUUAAACUCUAAAUACCCACAGUUCUCACCUGCACCUCUGUCUGAAGACGCUUCUGUGCAGCCACGUGUGCUUGACUCCUUCACGGCUAAACUCAAUGCAUUGCAAGUUGCUGUAGAAACUGCUAAUCUUGCACUGGAUGUGCGAUAUCUAAUUCAGGAUGUGAACUAGCAGAACAAGUAUAUUAUCCAUUGUGCAACUCUGGUUUCUGAUCAUGAUGAGGAAUGAAUGGGGUUUUAUAUUUAAAUAUAUAUAUACAUAUAGCCUACAUUGUGACACUAGAUGUAAGCAUUGCCUUGAGUGAAAAUCUGAUUGAAACCAGGCAUCAGUUAGUGGAAAUGUGUUGCAUCAUCUGUGGACUUGCUAUCCUACUUGUCAGCAAUAUCAAUAAUAAACACUGAUGUAUACUAUUAAUGUGAAACGAAAACCGUAAUGAUUCUGGAUUUCCGUAAGAACGCAGCCCCACACGUCCCCAUCACCCCGUGUGACUCUUCAGUCGGUCUUAUUGUUGCAUCAGCUGAAGAAGUACAAACUGCCGAAGUAAUUGAUGGUGAACUCCAACACUGCCAUCAAGUCCAUUCUCAUCUAUUUCAUUAUAGUUUGUCAGUGUUAUUGUAUUUCCUUUUUUGUUUAUUUAUAUUUCCUGUUUACAUUUCUCCUCCUUUUUAAAAAUGUUUUUUUAAAUGGUUCUAUAUUUGCUCCUAUCUUAAAAAUGUCUUCCUCUUACUGUUUAUUUAUGGACCAUUAUACCAAAGCAAAUGACUUGUAUUUGAAAGAUACUUGGCAAUAAAACUGAUCCUGGUUAGUUUAAGCUGA